AACGUCAGUUUACUUCGAUCCGUGGUAGUGACUGUACGCGGUCUGCUUCUGCAACUUUAAUUUUUAUUUACAAGAUUUCCUUCUUCCCCCUCGACUUUAUUUUCAUUCAUCUGUCAUUCGGAAGUCUAAUUAGACCAACAAGUUCAUCAACAAGAAGUGUGUUCCGAAGAGAAAGCCAUAAAGGGAUUAAAAUAUUUAAGUGUCUAAUAAACUGAUUGAAUGAACUGAGAAUUUUGUUACUUAUCGUCGGGCUUCAAAGGAAUAAAAAAGCACAGUAAAAUUGUGAAAAAUACCUAGUUCGAAGUUACUUUUAAUGUGCGUCUGAUUUGUGUGCAAUUGUGGCGUUAUUUUGAAGAAACUGUUAGUGUAAGCUGCUUAUUUGUUGAGAAAAAAAUCGAAGGAAAGCCUAGAAUUUCCCAGUGGACGUUACAACCCGUGACAUUUUCUCACGACCCAGUGGCGUCGAGGGAGACGCUCUAAAGCUUAUUUCUUCAUUUUUGUAUAGUCUGAAAGUUGUUUUUUACGCAGUCUGGUUUUCGUGUGAUGGAAUAAGAAAACCAGCGAGGUGGUUCAAUAUUUGAUGGCUGUGGUCGGUCCCAACCGCCACACAGGGGUGUCAAUGUCCGUGUCUAUGAGCUAUAUGCAGGGCGCGACUGGCCCUACCGCCGGGGGCCAACAUGCUGCACAACCAUACUACCAUCCCCGACAUGCCGCUGCCCCUGCCCAUACUCAGGAACAGGUACAACCAGAUCGUCCUAUCGGCUAUGGAGCUUUCGGAGUUGUAUGGGCUGUAACCGAUCCUAGAGAUGGCAGACGAGUAGCCCUGAAGAAACUGCCAAAUGUGUUCCAGUCUCUGGUGUCAUCCAAACGAGUUUUUAGAGAAUUGAAAAUGUUAUGUUCCUUCAAGCACCAAAACGUUCUUUCAGCCCUGGAUAUUCUUCAGCCUCCACACAUAGACUUUUUCCAAGAAAUAUAUGUGAUAACUGAACUGCUGCAAAGUGACUUACACAAAAUUAUAGUGUCACAUCAACCUUUAUCACCUGACCACAUAAAAGUAUUUCUUUACCAGAUUCUUAGAGGUUUAAAGUAUUUGCAUUCAGCUAAAAUUUUACACAGGGACAUCAAGCCCGGAAAUCUACUUGUUAACAGUAAUUGUGUUCUUAAGAUCUGUGAUUUUGGUUUGGCGAGAGUAGAAGAGCCUGAUACGUCCAAAAAUAUGACGCAAGAAGUAGUAACUCAGUAUUACAGGGCGCCUGAAAUCUUAAUGGGUGCAAAACAUUAUACUGCUGCCGUAGACGUUUGGAGCGUUGGCUGUAUUUUUGGGGAGCUCCUUGGACGAAGAAUUCUCUUUCAGGCUCAGAAUCCCGUCCAGCAAUUAGAACUCAUUACGGAACUAUUGGGAACUCCUAGUUUAGGAGACAUGAGAUCAGCGUGUGAAGGAGCUAGAACCCACAUGCUUAGUAAAGCUCCUAAACCACCUGCACUUUCUGCCUUGUAUUCACUUUCUGCACAAGCAACUCAUGAAGUAGUCCAUUUAUUAUGCCAAAUGCUGGUUUUCGAUCCUGAGAAGAGAAUUUCCGUAGUAGAUGCUUUAGCCCAUCCUUAUCUUGAUGAAGGUCGUUUGAGGUACCACUCAUGUAUGUGUAAGUGUUGUUAUACCACAGCAAGUGGAAUGAGACAAUAUACAAACGAAUUCGAGACUACAGCCCCACAGCCAUUUGAUGACAGUUGGGAAAAGAAGCUUACUUCAGUGCAACAAGUAAAAGAGGAAAUGCACAAGUUUAUUGCCGAGCAAUUGAACAACACUAGUCGAGUACCUUUGUGCAUAAACCCACAAUCUGCGGCCUUCAAGAGUUUCGCAAGGAAGAAAAAAGGCUGUGCACCUUUCAAGAAGACGCUUGAAAUUUUGUUAUCACCCGUCAUCUUUCUCUGUGCCGCUUGAGCGCAUUUAUUUUUAGUUCUACUGUAGCCCAUCCGUCAGAACUCCCGCCCUCUCCACAUCAGUGGGAUGCAAAGAAUUGACGUUGGAAACCAAGUAGAUAACGAAAUUUUCUGUAUAUAACUCCAUUUUCGUCUAUUCCUUUAAACGAACAUCAUUGAAUCGUACGAUGGUGUAUGCUCAUCGAACUAGAUAGAACCAGGAAGUUGAAACGUUACACCAAAUAUUUUAUCAGGGAUUCCAUGCAAUGCAAAACUUAAUGGACAAUCGCGCUGCAACUAUUGAAUAUAUGUGUAUUUGUCGUGUAAAUUUUAGUCGCUCAGAGUGUGAUUCUAUAUUAGUACCAAUAUGAAAUUGGAAUGGUAGAUCUGUUGGUUUAAAAACAGUGUACAUAUUUAAUCACUGCCUUUGAUUAAUGUAGGUUUUUAGUAAUUUUUAGUUAUUUCAGACUGGCAGUUCAAUAUUGUCAAGUUGAUCAAAAAAUUGGAGAUUACAUUUUAAUUAUAAUUAAUAUUAGAAAAUUUUCAUCUAAAACAUAAACAAAAAAAGGAUAUUCAUAAAUAUAUGAUUAUUCAAUAAAAAAAUUAAAAAUGAAAAAAAUCAAAUUAUUGUCCUUGGAAUGUGGAAAGCAACACCUUUUUGUGACUAAUUUUAUUUUGCUGAGUUUUCAAACUUAAUCAAGCACUGUAAAUAAUUUCUCCAAAUCAAAGAAAAACAUCUUCAGUAUUUGAAUAAUAUGCAAAAUAUCAUAUUUUGAAGUGUUUAUAUAACAAAUUGGUCCUUAUAAUCAUCAAAAUAAUAUGGUAUAUUUUGAUGAUGAAAAAUUCUUAAAGAAUUUUGUGGUGAUGUAUUGUUUAUCUAUAAAAUUUUUUGAUCAGCUUGUCAGCACUGUAAUCUUAUAUUUAAUCUUAAUUUAAGACUUUGAAGAAGACUGGAAACAUUGAACUACAUUAAAGAGCAGCUCUUCUAUUGUGAACUUUUUUAGUGAAUAUAAUAUGACAGGGUUGCCAAAUUACAAUGUAGUGAAGUACAUAGUAUAUUCAGUGUGAAUUUAUUAAGUGUGCAAUGAGUCUAGUAUGGACUUUAUUUGAAAGUGUUCAUGUCACUCUGACUUUUACUUUUUGGUUUUGUGGUAUUUUGAUGAUUUGUUGUAAAUAUUGUUUUGAGAUAUGUCUGUAACAUCGUGAUAACCAUAUUUUAUUCAUUAGGAUCAAAGGCAUGUAAAUUUAACAUUGAAUAAAUUUCUAUUUGGCUUUUGCGUUGUUACAGUAGAUCAAUUAUUUGAUGUAUUUCCAAAUAUGACUUCAAAAGUAAAAAAAAAAAAUUGUAAAUUGUUCUGUAUAUAAUAGGCAUUUCAUAGACUAUUGUAUGCCUUGUAUAACCUCAAUUGAGUGUCAUUUAUUUGCAAAUAAUGUGAGACCAAUUAUUUAGUGAUGUUUGCAAAUUAGUGAAUUCAAAAAAUUAAACUUAAAGUUUAGGAUGUAAAUAAUUCAACGGAAAGUAAUCUUUCACAUUUCGUUUCUUAUGACUUACUUUUUAUCUUGAUUCUGAUGCUCAGAAAUUAUUUUCAUGUAUUCAAAUUAUUUAGGCAAUCACAAUUCAGCAUGAAAGUGCAUUUUAACAUUUUGUAUUUAUUAGAGAUUAAGACAGACAACUUUUUCUAGACUAUCUUGAUUUGAGAAAUAACUGUUACUCUGUAAUUUACAAUAAUUCCAAAUGGCCUAUUUUUAUUAUUCUUUGAAUGAAUGAAUAUGUUAUUAUUCUCAAAUUUUGCUAUAGUUUUGAGAGGGAAGUCCAGGAAAUAAAGAAUUUUACAAAUAGGCCUACAAAAAAAUCGAUCUCAUUUUGUACAUAUUGUGACAUUAACUUUUCCUUUUCAAGUAUGGUCAGUCUCUAGGUUAUUUUAGUAUACUCAGACAUGAAAAUAAAACACUUCAACAAUAA